GUACAGUUCGAUUUUACGUAAUGUAGUACUAAGCGUUCAAUUUGACAUUGAUUUAAAAAGGCUUCAUACUUUAUACUUGAAAAUUGGAUAGUGUCUGAUGAAUACUGGGAGGUUUAUUAUAGUCGUUCGAGGGAAGCAAUUGACAACAAGCAGUGACGUGAACGGAAGUGUUGGACGGAAGUGUCUCGUCGUCAGCUGAUAGAGGCUAGCUUCGGUCAAAGAUGGCUUUUCCCAAGUCCAGCAACCCGUUUGCAGAUGAUGAUGAUGAAGAAGAGGGAGCGUAUGGGUCUAACGCUGGGGGAAUCGAUGAAAACGAUAGAGGUUUGAGUGAUGCUGAGAGGCGUCAAAGACACCUGCAGCAGGAGGUUAUGCGCACAGCCAAGUCUGCGGUGGACAGCAGCCACCGGUCCCUUGCUCUCAUCUACGAUUCAGAGAAGAUGGGUGUGGACACUGCAGAGGAGCUGAUGCGUCAGGGGGAGGCUCUGAAAAGGUCAGAGAAGAUGGUAGACAACAUGGAGGAAGACUUGAAGACCAGCCAGAGGCACAUCAACGGCAUCAAGAGUGUGUGGGGAGGUCUUGUGAAUUACUUCAAGGCGAAGCCAGAAACCAAGCCACCGCCUGUGCAGAACAACUCGUACCAGGCCAGCGACAAAUUACAGAAUGCCCUGUCCUCUAGUCGAGGACAUGAAGAUAAGUACCAGGCCAGUCACCCCAAUCUCAGAAAGCUCGAUACAGCAGGAUUUGGAGCCUCUGCACCAGUAGACGAUGACCCAUCUGUACAGAACGGCCAACCUAGGAACCAGCAUCUAAGGGCCGCUCAUCAUACCCUGGACACUAACCUAGAUGAUAUGUCCCUGGGACUGAGCAGACUGAAGGGCUUGGGAUUGGGUCUGCAGUCGGAGCUCGAGAGUCAAGACGACUCGCUAGAUUCUCUGAUGAACAAGGUCGAUAAGAUGGACCUGAAGGUCAACAACACCAACCAACAAAUCAAAAACCUAAAAUAAAACUGACUUGCAUACAAACUUUGAGAGACAGAAGUAGAUGGCUUCUUUAUUGCUGGGUAUCAAAGCUGUCCAUAGCAGAAUGACGUAACUAUUAUUUUUUAUCAAAAUGAAUGAAAUACACAUUGUAUUUUAGCUAUUUAGCUUUUUUGCUUACAUGGAUCUUCCUCCUUUUUAUUUGCUGCCUACUAACACAGGCGGUUUUGAUGCCUAAAGCCCAUCCGUUAGUUUUUAUUGAAAAGAAUAUUAUUAAGUACAUAUGCAUGUGUGUCUUAUGACUCUACUCAAUUGAGAACAUUUACUCUAAUUUUCAUUGAAAUGUUUUCAAACAAAAUCAACUGAUUGACCACAUUUGAUUGUGUUUCCAUAUUUUUGAAGGAGAUAUGUACAGAGACUAUAGAAAUGUGCUCAUGCUCCAGCAGCAAGCAGUUACCAAAUGACUACAUGUGUAAAUGUUUUAAUCAAACAAGGUAUCUUAACAUGUUAUGUUUUGCCUAAUACAUCUUGCCUUACUCUUUUUUCUUGCCUAACUCUUUUAUUUUGUUGUGCCUGCUAUUAAAAUCCUCCAAAUGUUUUUUCCUUUCCCAAUUUUGAUUAGUUGUAUUCUUUUCUAGGGUGAUUGAAUCAACUUGACUUUUAGUGCAUAUCUUUUUAAGAUGUAUUUGUGACGUGAAUAAGGAUGUUUUUGAGGCAGAUAUAAUGUGAACAGUGGGGCUGCAUUCUGUGAAUAUAAAAAGUUGAAUUUCAUAAUGAGACAAACACUUUAAAUGACCUACAAUAGGAGACUAGAGAAACCACUAACUUGCUCCAAUUGAAGGAUCUGCUGUUUGAAAUCUAUUAAAUAACGUUAAUCUAA